AUGAUUAAAUCAGAGUCUUUAAAUGACUUCCCUAUACCUUCAUUCUCUAUACCACAAAAUCUUUAGACUUUGAGUUUCUCCCUCAUCUCUACCCUCAUUUCGUUUUUUCCUCUCCUAGCUAUCACUCCUAAACUGGUUAACCUCAUUUUCUUCACAAUGUCCACCUCACAAACUUCGGAUAAACCCUUAUAUGAACCUGUUAAGAUAGAUGGUGGCUAUGCUCUUAUUCAAAGAAACACAUCCCCUCCUCAAACUGGGGAAAGAAGAGGCAGAAGAAAGCAGCCAGAACCAGGGAGGUUUCUUGGGGUCAGAAGGAGACCUUGGGGUAGAUAUGCUGCUGAAAUUAGAGACCCAACCACUAAAGAAAGGCACUGGCUUGGUACAUUUGAUACUGCUCAAGAAGCAGCUCUUGCUUAUGAUAGGGCUGCCCUUUCUAUGAAAGGCACCCAAGCAAGAACCAACUUUAUAUACACUGAUAAUGGUACCUUUCACUCUCUUCUUACUCCAUUUGAUGUUCAACCAUUCUUGCCACCAUCACAGUUUUUCACAGGCUUUCCUGAGGAUAAUAAACAACAACAACAACUAGCUCCCACCAACCACAACAGUCCAGCCAAGCAUGAGACUUGUCAGAAUGAGACUCCCAACCAAUCAAGUAGUGAAACUAGUGGUGCUGAGACUUCAACUGAAUCAGCAUAUGAUAACAGUUUCUUCUUUUCCCAGGAUGAUUCUAACUCUGGCUACUUGGGCUGCAUUGUCCCAGAUAACUGCCUAAGACCACCUACCAAUCCCACAAGUGCAAACUCCAAAGCUCCAUGUGAUCAUCAAAACUUUUCUUCCAUUGCCACAACUUCCAUUGAAGGCCAGUCACAUUGCAAUAACUAUGCAUUUCCUCCAGAUACUACAAGUGAGCCAAGUAAAGCCCUUAACCCUGGAAACUAUCCCCUCUUUGACGAACUCAACUGUGGAUUCUGGGGAGAUCAGAAGCCAUGGGAGUUCAACUCUAAUGAGCUCUCUGCGAUGAUCAAUAAUCCAUUAAUGGCGGGAGAUGUGUGCAUGGAAGCUUUUUAUUCUGGCACCAACAAUCCUAGUUAUGGAUCAGUUCCUCAAGCUACUACUUCAGUAUCUUGCACUCCACCACAUCCUCCAUAUGGUGACAUAGUUGACUACGGCUAUUCACUUUUCUAAGUACAGGGUUGUUAUUGGGUUAUCUGGCAGAAUUCUAUUUAGUCAUAUUUUGAUUUACAUGCACUUCAUGUUUUACUGUAAUUACACAGAAAGUUUCCAUAUGUGAGCAAGAAAGAGACAUGGAAUAUGUAUCCCAAUCCCUGGUCCUAUGAGUUUUAAAGAACGUGGUUAGUUUGAAAAGCUCCUUGGCUUGUUUCAAGGCAGAAAGUGCUCAUUAUUAGAUGCGCAAAAUAUUG